AAGUGUUUGGCCUUGGUGAUGGUGUCACGAUGUGGUUCAAGAUUCUCCCCGGGGUUGCUGUCAUGGCCGCGUGCUCGUUCAUCCCGGGAAUGGCCACUGCACGCAUCCACAGGUUCAUUAACGGGGGCAAGGAAAAAAGGGUUGCCCGGUAUUCAUAUCUGUGGAACUUGGUGGAAAGAGAUAGGCGCGUCUCUGGAGUUGAUCGUUACUAUGUGCCAAAGGGUCUGGAGAACAUUGAUUAAGGAAGCAUUUUCCUGAUUGAUGAAAAAUAACUCAGUUA